CCGCUAUCAGUCUCGCGUUCACCGCCCGGCUGAGGAGGUGAAAGUUUCUCCCCAGGAAGAUAAACCGCAAAAGACAAUAUUGUGCAUGAUUUGCGCCUUUUUUUGCAAAGCGAAAAAAAAAAAAAAGGGCCCCCAAAAAAAAAAAAUCGGGGAGAGUGUGGGGAAGCUCGAAGAGGAGAGAGAAACAAGCUCUCGGCCACUUUGCAACAUUCCUAUAGCCAAAAAAAUCACUGAAGGAAGUUUCUUUUUUGUUUUGUUUUUUUGCUGCCCGUGUUGAUCUCUCUCCGUUAUUGUUAUUUGCAGCCAGUUUAUUUUUGAGCCCACCCAACCCCCCCCUCCCCACUUAAACCUCCCUGAAAAGUCAAAGCAGAGAGACAGUGAAUAUUUUUGGGGCACAUUUUUAUUAUUAUUAUUUGCAACUGCGAAGAUCUCUUCCCCCCUUCCGCACCAGCCUCUUUUUUGUUUUUCUUUUUUUUUUUCUUCCCCCCCUUUUUUUUUCUUCCCCCUGCGCUGAUGCCGAAGGGGGUGUUUUUGAUGUGGUUGCUUUGGUGGUGAUCGUCGCUGACUUUCCAAAGAGGGUGUUUUCGCCGCUGCUGCUGCUGCUGCUGCUUCUCUCCGCGUUGUGUGUGUGCGCGCGUGCUUUUUUUUUGGUUGCUGCAUCGACGCUGGGAAGAUGCUUCUGGAUGCUGGACCGCAGUAUCCCGCCAUAGGAGUCACUACCUUCGGAUCCUCUCGGCACCACUCCACGGCCGAUGUCACGGACAGAGAAGUGGGGCUGGGGAUCAACCCCUUCGCCGACGGCAUGGGCGCCUUCAAAAUCAACCCCAGCACCCACGAGCUGGCCUCGGCCGGCCAGACCGCCUUCACCUCGCAGGCGCCUGGCUACGCGGCGGCGGCCCUGGGGCACCACCACCACCCGACCCAUGUCAGCUCCUACUCCAGCGCCGCCUUCAACUCCACCCGGGACUUUCUGUUCCGCAACCGCGGCUUCGGGGAGGCGGCGGCCGCCAGCGCCCAGCACAGCCUCUUCGCCUCCGCCGCCGGCAGCUUCGCCGGACCCCACGGACACACCGAUGCCGCGGGACAUAUACUUUUCCCGGGGCUGCACGAACAAGCCACCAGCCACGCUUCGCCUAACGUGGUGAACGGGCAAAUGCGCCUGGGCUUCUCCGGAGACAUGUACGGCAGACCCGACCAGUACGGCCAGGUCACCAGCCCCCGCUCCGAGCACUACGCCUCGACCCAGCUGCACGGCUACGGCCACAUGAACAUGAACAUGGCAGCCCACCACGGGGCAGGGGCCUUCUUUCGUUACAUGAGGCAGCCCAUCAAACAGGAACUCAUCUGUAAGUGGAUUGAGCCCGAGCAAUUGUCAAACCCCAAAAAGUCCUGCAACAAAACUUUCAGCACGAUGCACGAGCUGGUGACUCAUGUCACGGUGGAGCACGUUGGAGGACCCGAGCAGUCCAAUCACAUAUGUUUCUGGGAAGAGUGUCCAAGAGAAGGGAAACCUUUCAAGGCCAAAUAUAAACUUGUAAAUCACAUCAGAGUCCACACAGGUGAAAAACCUUUCCCCUGCCCUUUCCCAGGCUGUGGCAAAGUGUUUGCCAGAUCAGAGAAUCUCAAAAUACACAAAAGAACUCAUACAGGUGAAAAACCAUUUAAGUGUGAAUUCGAGGGCUGUGACAGGCGCUUUGCAAACAGCAGCGACCGCAAAAAGCACAUGCAUGUGCACACUUCCGACAAGCCCUAUCUCUGCAAAAUGUGUGACAAGUCCUACACGCACCCCAGCUCCCUCAGAAAGCACAUGAAGGUCCAUGAAUCGUCCUCGCAGGGGUCCCAGCCUUCUCCCGCCGCCAGCUCAGGCUACGAGUCCUCCACCCCUCCAACCAUCGUGUCUCCAUCCACAGAAAACCAGACCGCCAGCUCCUUAUCCCCUUCCUCCUCCGCAGUCCACCACACGUCCAGCCACAGCACGCUUACAUCAAAUUUUAACGAAUGGUACGUCUAAAACGCUAAAACAAAACAACAAAAAAACACAAACCGAAACAAAACAAAAAAGCCCCAAGCGAGCAAACAAAUACCCUAUUUAAAGACUCCAAAAAUAAUGAACACUUUGAAAUCAGAAUUUAAAUGAGCAAACAAAAAUAAAAUGCUGCCAGUAGACCCAGGACUGAGUAAAAUGAAGACUUCAUUUAAAUUUUUUUUUUCAUUUUCCUUCCUUUCUUUUUUCUUUUUAUUUCUCUUUUAUUUCUCUUUUUUAUUUUUUCUUUCCUUUUUUUUUUUUUUUGUUGUUGACUGUUCUGCUCUGCUCUGUUCCAAGGCUUGGUAGGCGAAGGGGUGAGUAGAAUGCAUAAGAAGACAAGGUUACCAGGGCAAAUGCCAACUGUGUAGGGCUUUACUGGAAACCACUGAUUAGAGAUCUCCAACUGCAUGUCUGCUCGGGCAGCGGCCUUCCCCCCCCAUCCCCUCUUGUAAAUACAGAAUUAUUAGCUUCAAAAACAAAACAACAAAAAAAUGUACUGUUUGAUUUUGUAAAUAGUUAUAUCGCAAGUUGAAUAAGGGGAUAUGUGGA